AGCUCCAGGGAACGGCGAUGGGGGCGGCCUGUGCGCCCUCAUACGCCAACCUUUUCCUGGGGCUGUGGGAGAGGACCAUAUUCAUGACUGAACCCGCCCCUCAUAUUGAAAAAGUUCUACAGUGGGGCCGCUAUAUAGAUGACAUUCUCUUUGUCUGGCAGGGCACGGCAGAAGAGUUGUCCACGUUUAUGACAUAUCUGAAUACUAAUGAACUAAACAUAAAAUUGACCUAUAAAUGGGGGAGGUCGAAAAUGGAGUUCCUGGAUGUAUUGUUUGAUGUUGACCAAGAUGGUUAUAUCUCAACAGAUGUGUAUCGCAAAAAAACCUCUACCAAUACUCUUCUUCACGCUUCCUCUUCUCACCCCCAUGCACUUGUCUCCAAUAUCCCGACAGGUCAGUUCCUGCGAAUCCGACGGAUUUGUUCCACGGAUGAACACUUUGAAAAACAGGCUAAUGAUCUAUCUCUACGCUUUCAGGAACGGGGAUAUCAAGAAAGGGAUAUCACCAGAGGCUAUGCACGAGCUAAGGAUACACCACGAGGCAAUCUGCUUACCCAGUCCAAAAGGAAAAAGGGAAAUGACCAGAGAAUUCCGUCGGAGAAUACGGGAACAUGUCCUAGGAAUUGAAGCAGCC